UACAUACAUACACAGAAACAAAAUCCUGCCAAUGGCAGGUCAAUUGAGUCUACCGUAGAAAGUAGGCCUAUAAUAGUAAAUAGAGUGAAAGUUAUACAGUUACGGCCCUCACAGAGAGAUAAAAAGCAAACAGUUUUUUUUUGAUGGCUUGUGUAUCCAUUCAACCAAAACUUGUCAUUCACAAAGUAACAAUAAAAUUGUUUAUUUCUCCCCGGUCUCAUGCACACUGCAAACCUGAAAAUGAUAAACAAUGCCAUUAAGAGCUAACUGUCUUUCAGAAAAGCCAGAGAAGACCAAUAAGUAUAUGCUGGCAAGUAGACAAUCUGGCAUUGAGCUGAGCGUGACAAGACUGCCAGUCAGUUAGCCGACUGCGUUUGUUGACGACACCGGGAGUUGGGGUUUUGAAUAAAGGCAGAUCUACCAGCAGUAGAGCAGAGCGAGCCGCGCAAUACAGGAUAGCAGCUCGAUGCGAGGAGCAGAUAUUAAUAUACCACCAGUGCAGAGAGGAUAAAUAUAUAGAUACCUGCGUCGGCAGCUAGUGGUGCAUGCCAAGUCACUUGGACGUAUACAUGUGCACAGGAUUUAUAUGUGCUUGAGAUAUCUUACAAGUGGAGAUACAUAAUAUCAAAGAUGGAUGAAUCAGAUGUGGUGGUUGAUCAGGGGAACUAUCACAGUCUGAGGGAAGCUGAUGAAAGUGAAAUAUCAGGUCAUCAUGCCAUCUACGUUGGUGUCCACGUUCCACACAAUGAGGAGCAGCAGCAGAAAAAUCACCAUCACCACCAUCACAAGCACCGCCACAAAGGCAAGAGUAAAAAGAACGGCAGCUCCCACAGCAGUGCCAACAACAGUAGUUCCACUGCAGAUGCAUUCUUUCCAAACAGCGACCCAGAUGCAAGACCAGAUGCCCUACUUCUGGAUAAAAACGGUACCGGAGAUGCUUCCCAGAGAGUGAAAUUCAUCCUGGGUGAUGAAGCCGAUGACGGUCAUGAAUCUCAUGAGAUCUUCACAGAGAUGGAGGAGCUGUGCUAUGGGUCAGAUGGAGAGGAGCUGGAAUGGAAAGAGAUGGCGAGGUGGAUAAAGUAUGAGGAGGAUGUGGACGUGGAUGCAGACCGAUGGAGUAAACCUCACGUAGCGACACUGCCUCUUCACAGUCUGUUUGAACUGAGGACUUGCCUGAUUAAUGGCACAGUGUGUCUUGACAUGGAAGCAGACAACAUUGUCCAGAUUGCAGACCUUGUCCUGGACAAGUUGAUCAUGUCGGAGCAGUUGGAUGAGAGCAAGAGAGAGCAGGUCCGGGAGGCGCUCCUGCGCAAGCAUCAUCAUCAGAGUCAUAAGAAGCAUCGGGACAAGAGAGGGAGCAGUCUCCUUCCCAUGAUCAGAUCUCUGACGGACAUCGGGCGUAGCCUCUCGCAAGGCGGCGCACAUAAUACAAGCAUGGAACAGCAAGCAGCUGCGCAAAGUGGAAUCCAGACCUCCCACGGGUCGUCCCCCAACAUUCAGAACAGCCAAACCUCUCCUAGCUCACUCAUGGUGAAGGGUAACUCCGGUGACCUUGGCAAGUCAGAAACCUCGGGCAGUCUUCCCAAGGUCUCUAGUCAUCACAGUCUCAAGAAAAGAUUGAGUGAAGCUCGUCUCUCCAUCCCGCACAACCUCGCCGGACAUAGUCUCUCGAAAAGACUGAGUGAAGCUCGCAUGUCGCUGCCGCAAAAUCUGCAGGGUCUUAGUAUGACGUCUCUCGAAUCGUAUCAAAGAAGUAAACCAGAACCCAUUAAACAUAAGCAGGAUUUUAGACAUGGAAGGUCUAAGUCUUUCCACUCUGUCUCAUGUAAAGUGGAUUCUCCUAGGCUACACAGAAUGCAUCAUAAUAAGUUUGAAAGGUCCAAGUCUUUCCAUUCCUACCCAAGUAAAUCUGAAUCCCUACGGUCCAAUAAAUCAGAUUCCUCGUAUAGGUUCAAAAGGUCAAAGGCAAGGCACAGUUUCAUGAGGAAGAUUCCUCAAGGCGCAGAGGCCUCCAACGUCCUGAUCGGCGAGGUGGAUUUCUUGUCGCGUCCAAUCAUCGCGUUCGUCCGUCUCCAGUCGGCAGUAUCCCUCGGUGACCUGACAGAAGUCCCCAUCCCGACGAGGUUCCUCUUCAUCCUCCUCGGCCCAGUCGGGGAGACCAAGCGGUACCAUGAGAUCGGCAGAUGCGUCGCAACGCUCAUGUCAGAUAAGGUUUUCCACGAUGUUGCUUACAAGGCCAAAAGUACUAAGGAUCUUCUCGCAGGCAUUGAUGAGUUCAUCGACUCUGUUACAGUUCUUCCACCCGGUGCAUGGGAUCCCAACAUCAGAAUCGAGCCCCCCAAGGUAGUGCCCGAUCAGGCCAAGAGAUUAUCCCACUUCCAGACUCCCAACGGACACGCAGAAGGGAUAGAUGAAGAAGACGGAGGAGGAGGAGGAGGGCAUAAUGGAGAGCAUGAAGGACUAGAGAGAACUGGAAAGAUAUUUGGUGGUCUGAUACAGGACUGCAAGCGUCGCUUCCCAUUCUACUUGAGUGACUUCAAGGAUGCCUUUCACCUGCAGUGUCUGGCUUCGUUCAUCUUCAUGUACUUUGCUUGUAUCACCCCCGUCAUUACGUUUGGAGGACUGCUAGGAGAGGCAACAGAAAACAGAAUGAGUGCGUUAGAGGGUCUACUUGGGGCUUCCAUCUGUGGUGUGGCAUUUCAUCUGUUCUCGGGCCAACCUCUCACCAUCCUGGGUUCAACGGGUCCGAUUCUAGUCUAUGAGAAGAUUUUGUUCGGCUUCUGCAAGACUCAAGAAUUGGACUACUUAUCGUUUCGUUUCUGGAUCGGUCUGUGGACGAUGGUAUUUUGUGUAAUCCUGGUUGCUACGGAUGCCAGUUCUUUUGUGAAGUACUUCACCCGCUUCAUAGAGGAGAGCUUCUCGAGUCUCAUCUCCUUCAUCUUUAUCUAUGAGUCUGUUCAUAAACUGAUGAAGAUCUACAAAGAAUAUCCAGUAGCAAGGUAUGCAAACGAUAACACGACGUAUGAAUGCAUGUGCCAGACCGCAACAGGCCUGUUUGAGUACGACGAAAAAGACUUCUACACGGAAUCGAAAAUAGACUGCGAUAGCCUGAACGGUACGCUGGUGGGUAACUGGUGCGGGAAGCAUGUCCCGCAGUCUGAUAUCUUCUUUAUGUCACUCAUCCUCAUGCUGGGAACGUUCACCAUCGCAUAUAGCCUCAAGGAAUUCAAAACCACAGGGUACUUCCCGACCAUUAUAAGAACGACGGUGAGUGACUUUGCUGUUCUCAUUGCUGUAGUGAUCAUGGUUGGAGUGGAUAGACUGUUUGGUGUUGAUACGCCUAAACUACUUGUCCCAUCAGAAUUCAAGCCCACGUCUGACUUGCGUAAGGGCUGGUUCAUCCAUCCUUUCAAUGGUAACGGUUGGUGGACGGUGCUGGCUGCCAUCAUCCCGGCUCUCUUAGCAACCAUCCUCGUCUUCAUGGAUCAACAGAUCACUGCUGUCAUCGUCAACAGGAAAGAAAACAAGUUCAAGAAAGGACUUGGUUACCAUCUGGACCUGUUGGUUGUUGCCGUCAUGUUGGGUAUCUGUUCUAUCAUGGGGUUGCCAUGGUUUGUUGCUGCCACUGUUCUCUCCAUCAACCACGUCAACAGCCUGAGGGUCGAGUCGGAAUGUAAAGCACCGGGGGAGAGACCCAAGAUUGUUGGUUGCAGAGAGCAGAGAGUGACGGGUGUUAUGGUCUUCGUCAUGAUAGGCUUGGCUACUCUCAUGACUAAGAUUUUAUCUUAUGUACCAAUGCCUGUUCUGUAUGGAGUGUUUCUCUUCAUGGGUAUCGCAUCACUGAAAGGUGUUCAGUUUGUAGACCGUCUAUCGCUGUUCUUCAUGCCUCUCAAGUACCAACCAGACUACAUCUAUCUGCGUCAUGUCGGCAUCAAGAAGGUGUAUCUCUUUACCUUCAUACAGCUCAUGUGUUUGGUUGUGCUAUGGGUUAUUAAGUCAACCGAUGCCGCUAUCGUCUUCCCAAUCAUGGUGUUGGGUAUGGUAGUGGGGAGGAAGCUAAUGGACUACGUGUUCACCAAGCAAGAGGUGAUGAUGCUGGAUGAUGUCAUGCCUGAGAUGACCAAGAGAGCCAAGCAUGACCGCAAGAAGAAGCAAGAGGAAGAGGUAGCAGCCUGUGAACAGUUUCAAUUCCUCGCCAAAUUAAAAAGAUUGGGUUGCGGUAUAAAGUGGAAGUAUAAAAAGGGAAGAAAACGUUCGGACACAUUUCAACUUUUACAGCGUGCAUCGGCCAUGGCAUCUCAGGAACAACCUAAAAUGGCUAAAAAUGGUUCAGCAAUGAAAGAGAAACUGAAAGAUGAAGAACCAGCUUAUUCGCCGCCACCGUCAUCGCCUAAACCUACAGAAAAUCUAGAAGAAACUGAAUCGAUCAAGAACAUUCCAGGCCGCGUCCAAGUACCCCUCUCAGAUGGUAACAUGCUGAGUAUCCCCGUUGAUAAGGUAGAGUUCCAUCCAGAGGUUGCAUGCAUCAACAUUCCUGAGGACAUGGCCAAGACCGGUGUCUGGAAAGCACUGGCUAAGAAUGCUGAGGGCGGUCAAGUCGUCCACAGAAAGCCACAUGGAAAAGAGAAAUCCAGUAGCGGAGGACGUCCUAAUCUGGACCUACCCACAAUCCCUGGCAGCCCUCGGGAAUCGUCGUAUCUCGAGACCCAACGAGGGAGCAUCCAGGAGGUGCGCAUCGAGGUCCCUGAGCAGUUCCGACGCACCCCGUCUCCACCCCCAACCCACAUCGGUACUGAUAACGAAACCUCUGUGUAAGUACAAGAACGUCUCAACUCCAUCGGUGCGAUGCCGACCGACGCAGCAGUGUCAGGAGAGUGCGCAAGCAGAAGGCUUCAACUGCAGUCUAUAUGAUUUUGACUGACUGGUAAACAAAUAUUAUUGUACUUUAUUUUCUUGUAGUGACAUGAAUAUUCAUGAAGUGGAAUGAAUAUUCAUCAAGAUGACCGUAUUAUGGCAGGGAAGAAAGAUGUGUGAUCAUGAGUUUUAGAAAAAACUUACUUUGUCAUCAUUUUUGUGUUAUUUUUAAUUUGUAGAGAGAGGUGCGUUCAAACAUACAUACGUGUAUAUUUUUUAUUGAUUGAAAAAAUGCUGAUAUAACCUGUAUUACCUAAUGCUAGCAGCCUACUUGAUUGCUGUCAAAAGCUACAGGACUUUGAAAGAUGAGGAGCUUAACAGGACUUAAUGCCGCAGGAGGACAUCUGUUUUAACUUAUACACAAACAUCAGUGAUGUUUAAUUUGAAAUUGUAUUUGAUGCCAUUUAUUAAAGAUUGUGUGUGCGAGCCUGCUGCAUGGUAUUUAUUCUGUGCGUGUGUUUAUCCGAUGAGAAAAUGUUACAUUAGGAAAGAGAUUUGUACACAUUGCAUCGGACGGUGCCUGUCUUGGAUUUACCACUUAACAUCCUAUCCAAAGGAUAUGUUCUCGUUGCGAUGUGUACAAACUUCUCACAGUGAGAAUGUGAAAAUUAACUAUGUGGGGGUGAUAAUGUGACUGCGAGAAAGUAGACUAGAAAUCUACAAUGAGUGUGUUACAGUUAAAUGGGUGAUUUAUAGCUUUAAGGAGAAACCCAAUUACUAUAUAUUGACUCCCUCCAUUCCAUAGGCUUGU